CUGCCCACUCCCACUCUGGCUGCCGGCCGACGCUCGAUCCUCCCGCUCCUGCCAUCUCCCCACCUCGAGGACAGCGUCUCUUGCCAUGGGCCUCGUCUCGGACUACCCGCUCCUCCUGGAGCUGCUCGUGCUGUUUCUCGCCGCAUUCGGCGCGCUGUUCUUCUUCCUGCAGUCCAUCUCGCCGGCACCAAGACCUCCCACCAAGAACGAAACCUCCUUCGUCGACUGCAUCACCAAGGAGAAGACGCCCUUCCCUUCGUUGCUGGAUGAGUCGCCGGCCGAGGUCGAGCUGUCGAUCGUCAUCCCGGCCUACAACGAGUCCAAGCGUCUGCCACUCAUGCUUGCCGAGACCUUCGAGUAUCUCCAGGAUCGCAAAAAGAAAACCUCAUCAUUCACGUACGAAAUCAUUGUCGUCAACGACGGAAGCACCGAUGACACCGAUGCCGUGGUCCGCAGCAUUGCUAUGAAACAAAAGCUGAGCACUAUCCGUGUCAUGAAUCUGGAACACAACCGUGGCAAGGGCGGCGCCGUCACCCAGGGCAUGAUGGUGGCCCGAGGCCAGCGCCUGCUCUUCGUGGAUGCUGAUGGAGCGACAAAGUUCUCUGAUCUCGACAAGCUCGAAGCCGCCAUGGAUCGCAUCGUUUCCAAAGGCCAGGCCAUUGUCGUUGGCUCUCGCGCCCACAUGGUCACGUCCGACGCUGUCGUAAAGCGCUCCUUCAUUCGCAACUUCUUGAUGCGUGGAUUCCAUACGCUGCUCUUUGUCCUGGGAAUCGGCACGAUCAAGGAUACUCAGUGCGGUUUCAAGCUCAUCAGUCGCAAGGCCGCCCAGCUCAUCUUCCCAAACAUGCACGUCGAGGGCUGGAUUUUCGACAUCGAGCUCCUCCUCCUUGGCUACCACUUUGGCGUCCCGAUCCAGGAGGUCCCUGUCACCUGGCACGAAGUCGAUGGCAGCAAGGUCUCGCUGCUCAAAGACUCAAUCAAGAUGCUCCUUGACCUGCUCAACAUCCGCCUUAAUUACCUGCUCGGCGUUUGGCAAGUCAAUGCAUCUCCCAAGCGCCUCCAGCGCCCGAAAUCCGACUAAGAUCCACUUUCCCCAUGCUUGCACCGACUGCAUGCACUGUCGAGCCGAGGCUGCAUUGCCAUCCUCCAGUUCCGAAAUAGAAACGAGUCCCGCACUACUUCUCGAGCGAUAGCCAGCCAGUCCGCCUUGUUUUCUGGU